CAUACGGCCCGCGGGCCGGAACCGGCCCCCAAGGAGGUUCGAUCAGGCCCGCAGGAUAAUUUGAAAGUGGAAAAAAUGCAUAAAAAACAUGGAAUUAAUAUUUUUAAUUUGCUGCAAUUCAUGGAUUAUCCGCUAAGGGGCGCACUCUUUCCAUCAGAGUAGAAGACAAGCCGCAUCACUGAGACAGACUGAAAACAGCAGACGGUAUCAAUGCGCCAUCUGCUGCUUGUUACGACGUUGUUAAUACAUUGGUCUCUACCUCUCCGCUACACCCUCAUUAGCCAAAAUGUCGUUAUCCAAACGGAGAAAAGUAGAUAAGGAGUGUAGAAUUUUCAAAGAAAAAUGGACCACGUCCUAUUUAUUUACAGAGAUGCACGGAAAACCUUUGUGCUUGGUGUGUUUGCAACAAGUUUCGGUAUUGAAGGAAUAUAAUAUUCGACGCCACUACGAGACUCAUCACAGCGAAAAAUAUGACGGCUUGCAAGGACAACUGAGAAGAGAUAAGAUUAACGAAUUGCUGGCGGGUCUGAGGAAACAGCAGUCAACUUUCAUCAAGAGCCGAGAAGUCAGUGAAGCAGCGGUAAAAGCCAGCUACCUAAUUGCUAGCGAAAUAGCAUUAGCAUCGAAGCCGUAUUCCGACGGUGACUUUGUUAAACGAUGCAUGAUGAAGGCGGCUGAACUUGUAUGUCCCGAGAAGCGACAAGCUUUUGCCAAUAUUAGCCUGACGAGGAAUACUAUAGCAGAGAGGAUUUUGGAACUAUCGGCAGAUUUAGACAGUCAAUUGAAACAGAGAGCCAAGUCAUUUAUUGCAUUUUCCGUGGCAAUUGACGAGAGCACUGACAUCACAGACGUGGCCCAACUGGCCAUAUUUAUUCGAGGAGUUGAUGAGACAUUGACUGUUACUGAAGAGUUUCUUGAGUUGGUGCCAAUGAUGGACACCACAACAGCCGAGGACAUUUUCGGCUCUGUCGUUGCUGCAUUGGACAGAGUUGGAGUGGACUGGUCCCGCGCUGUCAGCCUGGCUACAGACGGCGCACCAUCCAUGGUCGGAAAGAAAGCAGGUGUCGCGACAAAGUUCAAAGACAAAGUACAAGCCCUUAAUGGAGGAGAUCGUUUCUGGACAUUUCACUGUAUUUUGCACCAGGAGGCAUUGUGUUGCAAGUCGCUGAAAAUGGACCACGUCAUGGAGGUGGUUGUUCGCACUGUAAAUUUCAUCCGGUCCAGAGGUCUGAACCAUCGUCAGUUUGACAAACUUCUCAGCGACAGCAACAUUACCCACAGCCUGCCAUACCACACUGAAGUGAGAUGGUUAAGCCGAGGCGCUGUGCUGAGGCAUUUCUUUGAUCUACGAGAGGAAAUCGGACAGUUCAUGGAGAAAAAAGGAAAACCGGUGUUGGAAUUACAAUCUCAGGAAUGGCUACGGGACCUUGCAUUCUUGGUUGAUAUUACUGAACACUUGAACAAUCUGAACAAAAUGUUGCAAGGCCGCAAAAAAAUUGUCACACAGUUUUCGGACAACAUACAUGCAUUUAAGUUGAAGCUGACUUUGUGGGAGAUGCAACUGGCAAAUGGCAUCCCUGCUCAUUUCCCCCGUCUGAGAGAAGUGUGUGUGACCAGACCUGAUGCGGACAUGAAACGGUACAAAGACAAAAUUGCAGGACUACUGCAGGAGUUUGAGAAACGUUUUCAGGUAUUUGGUGAACUUGAGACAGAAUUUUCAGUUUUUCGCUCACCUUUCACAGUUAAAGCUUCUGAUCUGCCGGUCGAAAUUCAGCUAGAGAUAAUUGAUUUGCAAUGUGAUGCAGAUUUGAAGGGCAAAUUUGCCUCUGUAGGUCUGGACAGAUUUUAUCAGUAUCUACUACCAGGGUACCCCAAAUUAACAACCCUGGCUGCUAAAAUUUUGUGCAUGUUUGGGACAACCUACCUUUGUGAACAAAUUUUCUCAGUGAUGAAUCUCAAUAAAACAAAAAUGCGUUCAAGGCUCACAAACAAGCACUUAAAUGACAUUCUGAAAGUGACAGCUAGUCAGGACAUGACACCUGGUGUUGAUGCACUUGUACAGGCCAAAAGAUGCCAAGUUUCAGGAACAAAUACAAGUCCAGACUAGACUAACACCUUUAAAAUGCUGCCUUAGAUACCGUUUGCAUUGAAAGAAUACAGCUCUGUGAAGAUGAAUCCUUACUGUGGUGAUUUAAAAAAUGUGCACUUUAAUGUUAGUCAGCAGCUUCAAAACAAAAGUUGUGUGAUGGAAUUCUACUGUUCAUACAACUCCAUACAUUUUCAGUAUGUAUUGUAUGUUUCAUGUAUAAAGUUUACAGAUUUACAGGAAUUGUAUGUUUCAUGUAUAAAGUUUACAGAUUUACAGGAAAGGCGAACACUUUCUUCAUUGCACAUUUAAAAUCACUCUCCUUAGUUUGUAAGGUGUACGCAGGGAUUACAUUUAGAUUUUAUAUGCGUAUGUGUAAGUGGUUUAAAAAUUCCUUUCUUUAAAAGUCUCAUUUAAUCUUAAAGUGCAUUACUAUAUUUUUCAGUACCAAUUAAAGUUUUGUGCCUUUGUACAAUCAGUGGGAUCAGUUGCAAUGCAUAUUUGUGAAUGAUAAAAGUAAAUUGCACAUUUGUCUAAGGAAAUAUGAGGUGUUUCGUGAAAUGUUUUGUAAAAGGAUAGUUCAUUAAAUUUCAAUAUUUUCCUAAUGUUCUUGUGCUUCUUUACACCAAAACAAAGGAAACACAUGAUAUUUUGGUUAUUUAUAGCAGAGUAUGGUAUAAUUUUAAUGGU